AUGGAAAAACACAAUAUAACCGUGCUGAAAGAAUUCAUUCUUAUAGGAAUCACAGAUCGUCCUGAGCUACAGGAUCCAUUAUUUGGGAUCUUCCUCAUCAUCUACAUCGUUUCAGUCGUGGGCAACUUGGGCAUGGUCAUUCUCACCAAGAUGGACUCCAGGCUACAAACACCCAUGUACUUUUUCCUCAGACAUCUGGCGUUUACUGAUUUUGGUUAUUCAACAACUGUGGUCCCCAAAAUGUUAGUAAACUUUGUUGUGGAUCAAAAUACCAUAUCCUAUUAUUUUUGUGCCACGCAGCUGGCUUUUUUCAUCAUGUUCAUCGAUAGUGAACUUUUUAUUCUGUCCGCAAUGGUCUAUGACCGCUGUGUGGCCAUCUGUGACCCUCUGGUCUACACAGUCAUCAUGUCCCAAAGGCUAUGUCAGGUGCUGGUGGCAGUCCCAUAUCUCUACAGCACACUUAUUUCUCUUAUAAUCACUGUGAAUAUUUUUAGUUUAUACUUCUGUGGUUAUAAUGUCAUCAGACAUUUCUACUGUGACAGUCUUCCUUUGUUAUCUUUGCUCUGCUCAAACACACAUGUAAUUGAAUUGAUUAUUCUGAUUUUCUCAGCUUUUAAUUUGAUUUUCUCCCUUCUGAUAGUUCUUGUGUCUUACCUGCUCAUCCUUAUAGCCAUUCUCAGGAUGAACUCUGCUGAGGGUAGACGCAAGGCUUUUUCUACCUGUGCUUCCCACCUGACAGUGGUCACAGUGUUCUAUGGGACUUUGAUAUUUAUGUAUGUGCAGCCCAAGUCUGGUCAUUCCUUUGACACUGAUAAAGUGGCUUCCGUAUUUUACACCCUUGUUAUCCCCACGUUGAAUCCCUUGAUCUAUAGCUUGAGGAACAAAGAUGUAAAAUUUGCUUUACAAAGGAUGUGGAAAAAAUAUGCAAUAUCUUCUCUUAAGGUUUGCUGUCCAAUGUGA